UCUCCUCCUCAGAAAAAAGCUAGGAGUAAGAGGGGAGUAAAGAAUCAUGAAGUUAUCUAAUUUUCUUCUCUAUUUUCUGCCUUUGUUUAUAAUAAUAUCCCCAUCUCAUGCAUCAAGAGCUACUCCCCCAUCUCCUUCAACGUCCAAGAUUAGAGCUGUGAAUCUUGGAGGCUGGCUCGUCACUGAGGGCUGGAUCAAGCCCAGCCUCUUCGAUGGAAUACCCAACGGGGAUUUCUUGGAUGGGACUCAGCUACAACUGAAAUCAGUCACGCAAAAUAAAUAUCUAUGUGCGGAGAGUGGCGGCGGAACUAUCAUCGUCGCCAAUCGAUCAUCUGCUUCUGGAUGGGAGACAUUCAAAUUAUGGCGCAUAACGGAGAACACUUUCCAAUUUCGGGUUUUUAACGGUCAAUUCAUGGGACUCGAUGGAGGAGGAACCGAUGUAGUCGCAGUUUCGGACUCGUCAGAUCCAUCUGAGACAUUUGAGAUCAUUAGGAAUGCUAAUGACUCGAGUCGGGUGCGGAUCAAAGCACCAAAUGGAUCCUUCCUACAGGCGAAAACGGAUGUACUAGUGACAGCUGAUUAUGGAGAGAGCACAAAUUGGGGGAAUGAUGAUCCAUCUGUGUUCCUGAUAAACAUUGUGGGGAAAAUGCAAGGGGAGUUUCAGAUAACCAAUGGUUAUGGAACCGAGAAAGCUACACCGGUCUUGAGAGAGCAUUGGAACAGCUUCAUAGUGGAAGAAGACUUUAACUUUAUAUCUCAGAAUGGGUUGAAUGCAGUGAGGAUCCCAGUUGGAUGGUGGACCGCCAUUAAUCCUACUCCAUGGCCCUUUGUUGAGGGUUCAUUGCAAAUUUUGGACCGCGCCUUCUCAUGGGCAGAAAAAUAUGACCUCAAAGUCAUCAUCGAUCUCCACGCUGCUCCAGGAUCACAAAAUGGGUAUGAACACAGUGCAUCAAGAGACGGCUCACAAGAAUGGGGCACUAACGAUACGAUAGCUCAAACUAUCACAGUGAUAGAUUUCCUCACCAACAGGUACGCAAAGAGCCCCAGUUUUCUAGCAAUGGAGCUACUCAACGAGCCUCGAGCACCCGGAGCCACGUUAGAUACCUUGAAGAAAUACUACCAAGAUGCGUAUAAUACGGUUCGCAAGUACACAAUCGAUGCGUACGUGAUCAUGUGCAAUCGCCUCUCUGCGAGCCCAACGGAGUUGCUUCAAUUUGCUAGCGGCUUACAGGGCUCCGUAGUUGACGUGCAUUAUUAUAAUCUCUAUACGAGCAAUUUCAAUGGACUUAAUGUUCAACAAAACAUCGAUUAUUUGAACAACAAUCGUUCUGCAGAAUUAAGCACAGUUGAUUCAUCCAACGGCAGCCCUCUCGUUUUAGUUGGUGAAUGGGUGGCAGAGUGGGAAGUGAACGAUGCGACGAAGGAGGAUUAUCAGAGAUUUGCAGCAGCGGAGUUGAAUGUAUUUGGGCGGGCUAGUUUUGGAUGGGCUUAUUGGACCCUAAAGAAUGUACAGAAUCAUUGGAGCUUAGAGUGGAUGAUUACUAAUGGAUACAUUAAAAUCACUUCAUAGACAACAUUUGGAUGGGUAGAAUUGAUGGUUAAUAGGACUAACCAUGGAUAAAAUGGGUUUAUGUAAUCUUCAUGAAUAAAUACAAUAUUCUAAUUGCAAUAAAUUUCCGUUUACUUAGAAUUAAUGAUAUUAAAUAUAUUAUAUUAAAAGGAGGAAGUUGAACUGUGUA